CAAUGGCAAACAAGUGUCCCAUCUUCUCAUUGGUUUCAAGUGUCAGAGCGAGGUGGGAGCCGGCUGUGAGGCGGGGUUUGAGUAUCAUGUAGCAUGCUAGAUUGAUUACUCUUGAAUGUUAAAGGGGAAGGAGGCUAGAGAUUUUUGUCUGUGAGUCGGGAGUGCCGCUGUACUGUUUGCCUGCUGCUGUGCUCGCUUUCUGUUGCCUCUCUCCCUGUUGUUUGCUCUGGGCCAGGGGUCAGCUCAAAGACAAAACGGGAGGGGGUUACCGGCUAAAAGAGAGGGAAUGGGGUCAGAGAGUAAAGGAGACCCAGAGAGGUCAGCUGUUGAAGUCAGGACAGAUAGAAGAGACAGGGCUGAAUGUUUAGGACGUUUGGGGGGCUGCUGAAGAAGACGGGGUAAUGUGUAAAAGGAGAGUAGGAGAGAGCAGGGGGGAGGGGUAGGAGAAAGGGGGGCUUACUCUUCUCUGUGUGUCCGGGUUGGGAGCCUUUUUAAAGCUGUCCAGUGGAGCCAGAAUGCCUUUUGUCUGUUGAUACGAUCAGGAGACUGGAGGAAGUGAAGGAGCUGGAGAGAGUUUUUCUGUCAACCUCUGUGCCGCUUCUUCCCUCUGCUGUUUUUAAGAAGGAGACUUGAACAGGGCUAUCUGUUUGCCUCUGCUCCAGCAGUGCAGACCACUCACCAUGAAGGGCACAGGGCACAGUAGAGGAUGUCUGCAGAUGCAUUUGGAGCUGGAGGCAGCGAUGCACAGCAAACCCUGCAGUCCUUUUGGCCCCGUGUCAUGGAGGAGAUCAGGAACUUGACUGUGAAGGAUUUCCGUGUGCAGGAGCUGCCUCUGGCUCGGAUCAAAAAAAUCAUGAAGCUGGAUGAAGAUGUUAAAAUGAUCAGUGCAGAGGCUCCAGUCCUUUUUGCUAAGGCAGCUCAGAUUUUCAUCACAGAGCUCACCCUCAGAGCAUGGAUCCACACUGAAGACAAUAAGAGACGCACACUACAGCGGAAUGACAUUGCCAUGGCGAUAACAAAGUUCGACCAGUUUGACUUUCUGAUUGACAUUGUGCCCCGGGAUGACCUGAAGCCCCCUAAACGACAGGAGGAGAUGCGUCAGUCAGUAGCUCCAGCAGAGCCGGUGCAGUACUACUUCACCUUGGCUCAGCAGCCCGGGGCCGUUCAGGUGCAGGGCACACAACAGGGCCAGCAGCCUGGAGCGCAGACAGCCACAACUAUCCAGCCUGGGCAGAUCAUCAUCGCACAGCCACAGCAAGGACAGAUGCUGCAAGGUGCCACAAUGCAGCAGUUACAGCAAGUGCAGGUGCAAUCACAGGGCACACCCAUCACGAGUGCUCCCGUGGCCAUGCAGGUGGGUGAGGGCCAACAGGUACAGAUCGUCCAGGCGGCAGCAGCACAGGGUCAGGCUCAGACGGCUCAAGCGCAAGGACAGACCAUGCAGGUCAUGCAGCAGAUCAUCACCAACACAGGAGAGAUCCAGCAAAUCCCGGUGCAACUAAAUACAGGCCAGCUCCAAUACAUCCGUUUAGCUCAGCCUGUUUCUGGCGCUCAAGUGGUCCAAGGACAGAUUCAGACCCUCGCUAACACCCAGCAGAUCACACAGACAGAGGUACAAGGACAGCAGCAAUUCAACCAAUUUACUGAUGGACAGCAGUUGUAUCAGAUUCAACAGGUGACAAUGCCAGCGGGACAGGAGCUGACCCAACCAAUGUUCAUUCAAUCCACCAAUCAGUCAGCUGACACACAGGUCACGCAGGUCAGCACCGAUUGAAGCUGCCCCCCCGGAACCCACUCUUCACACAGUUAAACGCACACACACCACCCCAUGUGACGACGACGGAAGCAGCCAUCCUCCAAGAACGCUAGACGACAUUGAUUUUUAGCAGCGCACAUGUAGACGGGACCUUAAAUCUUGUAACACCUACUGUUUUGUAAUACAUUUGCUACACUGGAUCAGAAACCAAAGGGACACUGAUAGACUCUCUCAACAUCAUCUGCUAAAUUUAACAUAUAGACAGGUUUUGUUUCUUGUACUUUUAUCAACCAACAUCUGUGUAGAAAGUACAGUUCACAGCCACUGCCACAGUUCCUGACAUCCAUCUCUCCACAGUGACCAAUGCCUUUUUACUCAUCUCUUGUUCAGAUGUGUUGUUUUUUUUAAUAUAAGAAAGUUUCUACUUUAUACCUUGCAUCUUCUUAUAUUUUCUGUGUUUGGAAGUCAAUCUGUCAUCUACAUGUCCCCCUCCUCACUUUCCUGUGGUUGGAAGUCGCCAUGGGAUUGCUCACUCCCCCACCUGUUUUUCCUUUUGGGAAAACAUGAAUCGUUUUUAAUUGUUUAUGAUAUUUUGUCAUGUAAAAAAAAUGAAGCCAUAUACCUCAGAUUUUCACUGUUGCAGCAAGUAAAUCUAAGGGAUUGCCAGAAGAGGUGAUAAGGUUCAGCGAUAAUUUCAUGUAGUCAUUCUUUUAUGUUGUUUCCCACAUUGUCGUUGAAGCACAGUUUGUUUGUUUUAAGGGCUUCGAUGGUGUGUGUGUGUAUGUGCUUUUGUUUCCUCACACUGCAGUCAUCUCUCAUCCUGUUACUCAUUCUCUCAUCCCUCUGUCUUUUAGAGCAGGGACUCCUUUCUCUGCCUCUAUGCAGUUUCACACCGCCGUCUCUGUCUGGGUGGUUUAAGAGUCUUGUGCCCUGGUUUAAGGCUCAUGUAUAAACACAUGACUCAGUCUAGAGCAAAAAAAAAAAAAAAAAACAUCCUUUUUA